UUCUCUCUCUCAUCUCUCUCUCCUCUCUAUCCUCUUCUCUCCUCUUCUCUCUCAUCUCUCUCUCUUAUCUCGCCCACCCUCGCUCCCUCCCGCCCAGUGUAAGGGCGUCCCUGGUUGGUUUCCAUGGCUUGCCUUGCCGUAAAGCGAGGGAAAAUGUCUGAUUCCUGUCAGUGUUUCUAUUCUUGAUCCCGAACCAGGCGUUAUUCCGAUAUAUCGCAAGAAGCAUGGCUAUUACAGCUAUAUACCUAGUUAAAAACCACGCUGGGAUGUGCUAUUCUUCAUCCAAGGGACUUUAACACGGGUGCCUCCCUAUCAGAGCCAUGUCACUGGGCAGCAGGGGAAGCAGUAGCAGCAGCGGAGGUAGAGGUGUCAACCUCCCAGUGGAGGUGUGGCGUGUGGUCCUGGCCUACCUCCCCCUCCCAGAGCUGGGCCGUUGCAGCCUGGUGUGCAGGGCCUGGAGAGAGCUGAUCCUCUCCCUGGAUAACACCCGUUGGAGACAGCUCUGCCUGGGCCUGCCCGAGUGUCCUCGACACCCCAACUGGCCCAGCCAGCCCCACCUGGAGCCCUCAUCCUGGAGAGAAGCCCUGAGGCAGCACGCCAUCGCCAAUCGUACCUGGUCCCGUCACGCCCACCCUGAGCUCCAGCCCUCCGCCUGCCUUCACCUGUUCCGCCGGAGGAAGGAGAGGAGGGUGUGGCAGGUGGGGUCGGGGCUGGAGCUGGAGACGCUGAGGGGGGCGUUGGGGGUCGCUGGGUCGUACGACCGGGUGGUACUGCACCCCGGGGUGUAUGAGGAGCAGGCAGAGUUGGUGCUGAAGGUGCCUGUGGAGGUGGUGGGGUUAGGGAGGCUGGGGGACGUGGCUCUCCUGGUCAGUCUGGAGCAGCAGUGUCCCACAGCCAGGCUGUCCAACCUGGUCUUCAUGCCUGCAUGGUUCUCCACUGUUGUAUACAAGACGUCGUCAGGUCAUGUCCAGUUGGACAACUGUAAUUUCGAGGGAGCUCAGCUGCAGAUCCGAGGGCCAGGAACCUGCCACGCCCGCUUCUGCUCAUUCUCACAGGGAAGCUCCACCCACUUCCUGGGCGUGGCCCUCAGCCUGUUGGAUAGCUGUGAUUUCUCAGGAAGUGAUUCGGCGUCCGUGACAGUUGAGGGCGCUCCAGCGACGGAGCGGAACUGGGCCUGUAAACACCUGGCCGCUCUGGCCCGAAUCACCACAUCCUGGACCUCGCCUGGGAGUGGUAGCCCAGCUGGGGACACCUUGGACGGGCAUUCAGGAGCCACACAGCCCCCUGGGGCUACCAUCACCCUGGAGGACUGGAGCAAAGGAGAAAUGGAGAGCAGGAGGAGAGGAGGGGGAGGGGAGGAAGGAGUGUGUCAGGAUACUGUGAUUGAGGACGGCUGGAGCGACAGCGCUCCUAGUGACGAGGAGGAGGAGGAGGAGGAGGGAAAAGGAGAGGAAGGUUCAGGACAAGGCAACAACAGUCUAAACUACAGACUGGCCCACAGUCACCACGGCCUCUCUCAUCUCCUCAGACCCAACCAGGACGUCUCCCCCGACUUCCCCUCGCUGACCCCUGAAGUCCGAACCCUGACCGAGGAGCUCCAACGCGACCCCGGGGCCCAGGCGCUGAUCGAGACGGUGCAGGGGUGCGUGCUGAGGCGCUGCCUGUUUCGGGACGGCAAGGGCGGUGUGCACGUGUGUAACCACGGAAACGCCAGGUUGGAAGGAAACGUGUUCCGGGGGCUGACCUAUGCCGUGCGCUGCAUCCAGAACGCCACGAUUGUGAUGCUCCGUAAUGAGGUGUGUGAGUGUCGUGCGUCGGGCGUGUUCCUGCGUCUGUCGUCUCAGGGUCUGAUCGCUGACAACAACAUCCACUCCAACGGGGAGGCGGGGCUUGACAUCCGCAAGGGGGCGGACCCCAUCAUCCUGGUAUGUAACAGAAUACACAGCGGUUUGCGUUCUGGCAUCGUGGUCCUUGGCAACGGGAGGGGUUCCAUCCGGAGCAACCAGAUCUACAACAACAAGGAAGCAGGGGUCUACAUUCUGUUCAACGGGAACCCUGUGGUCAGUGGUAACCAUAUCUUCCAGGGUCAGGCAGCAGGGAUUGCUGUGAAUGAGAACGGCAGAGGGGUGAUAGUCGAGAAUGUGAUCAGGGAGAACCAGUGGGGGGGUGCAGACAUCAGGCGUGGGGGCGACCCGGUCCUGAGGAACAACUACAUCUGUCAUGGUUACUCUGACGGUGUGGUGGUGGGGGAGAGAGGCCGUGGACUCAUAGAGGGAAACCACAUCUACAACAACAAGGGCUGUGGUGUGUGGUUGAUGUCCUCCAGCCUCCCUCAGCUGUUGGGAAACUACAUUACCCAUAACCGCAUGUACGGGCUGGCCGUGUUCUGCCGGAAGGACCCUGACGGGGGCGGGACCAGGGAAGGGGGGCAGGAGGGAGGAGGAAGAGGAGGAGGACAGGAGAACUUCCAUGAGGAAGGAGAGCUGCUGGCGUGGGAAGGUGACCUUGACAGCGAGGACGAACGUCUCUCCGCCCGGCGCUCCAUCAGCACGGCUCUGGUGGAGGGAAACUGCAUUAGCCGCAAUGGAGCGGUUGGUUUAUACGUGAAGAGCAGUGAACCGCUGAACGUCGUUGCUAACCUAGUGAACGGUAACCGUGGCGCCGGUGUUGCCGUGCUACAGAGCGGUCAGCUGACUCGACUAGUUGCUAACUGCGUCCAUGGAAACGGUCGCGGUGGCGUCACCGUGGAGAGGGAGUGUCGGGUGGAACUCCGCGGCAACGGCGUGUAUGACAACGGCGGCCAUGGCGUUAGUUUCCGGGGCGAUGGACAGGUGGUGGAGAACGACGUGGUGGGUAACCGUGGUUACGGUAUACGGUUGUCGGACAGCGCCGACGUCAAGGUGUUGCGUAAUCGAGUCCAGCCGGUGCAGGGGUGUGGCAUCGCCGUGCUGGGGCCGGCAAAGGCCGUAGUCCACGACAACCUGGUGUUCCAGGGUCAACCCGGCAACGUCAAACCCCCGCUACACCGCGACCCCGGCAACGUCGGCAGCGCGCUGCGCAACAACAGCGUGCUGAAACAUAGCAACAGGACAUGUUCCUCUGCCCCUCCCUGGGUUUUGGAGAACCCUCCCCCCCGCCCCCUCUCUGACCGUCCCUCAUCCCUCCCCCCCUCCUCCUCCUGUCACCCCUCCCACUUUGCCAUCUCCAUGACUACCAGGAUCACCGCCACCGUCGAGAGCGGUUGCCAUAACAACGGCAGCGUCUUCUGCACCAUCCUCUGAGGCCCUAGCAACCAGCCCGCCUAGCAACGCAGCCCUGAACACGGAUUGGAUGACCUCCUCACCAGGAGUCAAGAGUUCAACCUCUCCUGUCUCGAGACAUUCUGUUUUCUUAGAACAUUUCCUCUGACAUGUUGAUCUAGGAACACUUGAACUCAGCAGAUGUUGUGGAAUGGCUGGCUGGACACAGACUUGCCUAUCCUGGAGGUUCUAGAACGUUGUCCUCCCCAGUGGGUUCUAGAACGUUGUACUCCCCAGGGGGUUCUAGAACGUUGUACUCCCCAGGGGGUUCUAGAACGUUGUACUCCCCAGGGGGUUCUAGAACGUUGUCGUCCCCAGGGGGUUCUAGAACGUUGUCCUCCCCAGGGGGUUCUAGAACGUUGUCCUCCCCAGGGGGUUCUAGAACAUUGUCCUCCACAGGGGGUUCUAGAAGUGUCAUUGAGCUGUGAGAUCCCCACUACUGGAGGAGCUUGUGGUAUCAUGUGACUGGUGUGGUAUCAUGACAGUAUCGUGUGACUGGUGUGGUAUCAUGUGACUGGUGUGGUAUCAUGACAGUAUCUUGUGACUGGUGUGGUAUCAUGACAGUAUCAUGUGACUGGUGUGGUAUCAUGACAGUAUCAUGUGACUGGUGUGGUAUCAUGACAGUAUCAUGUGACUGGUGUGGUAUCAUGUGACUGGUGUGGUAUCAUGACAGUAUCAUGUGACUGGUGUGGUAUCAUGACAGUAUCAUGUGACUGGUGUGGUAUCAUGACAGUAUCAUGUGACUGGUGUGGUAUCAUGACAGCAUCUUGUGACUGGUGUGGUAUCAUGACAGUAUCAUGUGACUGGUGUGGCAUCAUGACAGUAUCAUGUGACUGGUGUGGCAUCAUGGACAGUAUCAUGUGACUGGUGUGGUAACAUGACAGUAUCAUGUGACUGGUGUGGCAUCAUGUGACAGUAUCAUGUGACUGGUGUGGUAUCAUGACAGUAUCAUGUGACUGGUGUGGUAUCAUGACAGUAUCAUGUGACUGGUGUGGUAUCAUGUGACAGUAUCAUGUGACUGGUGUGGUAUCAUGUGACAGUAUCAUGUGACUGGUGUAUCAGUGGUUAGGGAUUGGAGUUUAACCUGACUAGGAAUAACUCCUGGCCUUAACAAUGACGACAAUAUUCACGUUUCUCAAAAAAAAUCCUGUUUCCUCACUGAAAUGUUCACUAGUGUCUGUUUUUACAGUGCUUUCUAAAUGUUUUCAAGAAUCACACGAGUCACUUCCUCAGUUCUUCCAGACGGGUGAUGUUCUGACAGAGCGGUAUGAACUCACACACAACCUGAACUUAGUUUAUUACAUUAAAAUGUUUUAUUGGUUUACAGAA